CAAAGGACUCUUAUACUAAGCAUUCUAAUUUUCUCAUAAUCCUUGUUUUUCCUGAUAAACUACCUAGCUUGUUUCUCUGCUUCUGUGUUAUAUCUGUCCUGGUCUUCCCUUACAUUCAGCAUCUACAGACCUUUCCAUAUUGCACCGGCAGCACCAUGCAUACCGCUGCUCUCUUCCUCGCUCUCUCCCUCUCUGCCCAUGCGGUGCCUGUCCUCAAUGCUCGUGGGAACGACACCGUUGAGCGUAGAGAAGAAGGCCCUUACAAAGUUGUGAAUGUUGCGGGCCCUACUACUCCCGUUGUCGAGACCAUCACUGCGACUAACCCUCCGGCGCCGCCUACCACUAUUACCGUCACCGAGUACCCCUCGUCCACACCAGCUUCCGUGCCUGGCGCUUCUCCCUCACCUUGGAAUGCCGGGCCUAACGUGGGUGGUGCUCCGCUGGGUCGCCGUGACACCAACAGCAGCGCAAGCGCACUGAGCCGUCGUGCGAUAUUUGAGGAGGAUGCUCCUACCAACAGCACUGCCAACCGACGUGCGAUAUUUGAGGAUGCUCCUACCAACAGCACCUUGAGCCGACGUGCGAUAUUUGAGGAGGAUGCCCCAACCAACAGUACCGCGAGCCGACGUGGAAUCCUCGACGAUGCUAGUAACAGCACUCUGAGCCGUCGCGAGAUCAUUGGCGAUGCUACCAACAACACUGCGAGCCGACGUGCGAUGUUUGAGGAUGUCGAUGCUACCAACAGCACCGAAAAGCACGUAAUUGCCGCUCGCAGCAACACCACUUCCGAAGUUCUGGCUCGUAGCCUGAAUGAGACAGCCGUGCAGACUCGGCAGCUCAAGGAUGCCCUUGUUUCCGAGCACCACAAUGCCAGCGAUGUUAGUGGCAAGAUCGGGAUUGCAGCCCGGGAUACUCAGAAGCCCGAGAACGUCACCGCUAUUGGCAGCAAGGUCGCAGUCUACACCCGGAAUGAUACAGUUUUGCAGGCCCGGGCAUUCAAUGACACCCCCUCUGACACCGCCGUCAUGUCUUCCAGGCCCCAAGCCAGGGGCCUGAACCACACAGACUCUCAGGCGUAGAGUCAUCUUCAGGGGUCAAUUGUGACGCUUACCCAGGUGCCUGCCAUAUCGUCCUGGAGGUUGAUGAAUUGGUUGCCAACGACUGGUAUGAAACACGUUUCAUGAAUUUGAUGGAUAAUGAGCAUGUGGUUCUUUAACGAUUUCGGUUUUUUGCAUCGUCACGACAAAAUCAUGACUGCUCAUGGUGGGGGGUGGGAAUAUGGUCAUGAUAGCAUGCAUCUGUAGGGGCGUUUUGAUUUUUCUUUUUUUCCUCUUCCUUUCAUUGCUUUUUUCUUUUUUCUCUUAUGGUUCUCUGGCGGUUUUAUGCUCUCUUGUGGGAAAGGCUUUUCUUGAUUUAGAUAAGAGGUAGCGAUUGCUUUCGUUGCGAUUUCGGGUUCAUACUAGGUCUAGAUUGUGGUUGGGUUAUUUUAGGUAUAGGAUAGAUUGCUAUAAAAAUAGGAAUGGC